AUGAAGCCGGAUGCUGAAGCUAACAAAACUGAGGAAGAAAAUGUUACGGGAGAUGUUAUAGGAGAUACUGCCUACAGUGAGCGAUUCGUCUUAAAGUUGUUGUUAAAAUUCGCUAAUUUGGACAUCCUUAAGAACGAACUACAAGAAAAAAUAUUUGAAGAUGAUCUAUGCACGCUUUGGGAUAUGACAGCUGAAAGAGAUGUAGUAUUAUUUCUGCAAAAACACGACGUUUUUAAUUUGCUUAAUUUCGCUUUUCCUAUUAUAGAUUCCCCUCGUAUUAUCGAGAUUCUGAUAGGAAUGAUUGGUAAUAUGUGUUGUCAGAAGGAAGCAGCUAAGGAACUGUUAAAAAUGAACUCUUUUUUAACAUUAUUAUUGGAAUAUGCUAAGUCUGAAGAUAGCCUAAUUAUUAUUCAAGUACUACGGUUGGUAAACACUAGUUUAUUUCUAGCAAAAGAGCAAGAAUUACACAAAUGGAUUGAGAUUUUUAUUAAAAUAGGCUAUUCAAAUGCUUUAUAUUAUGUGUUAAGAAAUUCUUCUAAUAAAGAUCUCUUACUGACAGCUUUAGAAAAUUUUAACACUAUUUGCUCGUAUUGCAACUCAGGAAAGGAUAGCACAAAUUUUUUUGGCCAUUUCGUAACUGCAGAGGCUAUUGAAUCCUUAGCCACUGCAUUUACUGAAAUAACUAUUAAACAAAAAGAUUCAUGUGAAACUGAAGAAUUAGAACGGGUACUCAUUAUUACCUUACAAAUUACAUUAAACUUGGUCGGUUUUGAUAAAUCAUAUGAAGUGUACAAUGAAAAUAAAUCAGAUGUACUUAAGAUAAUAACACAAGUGUUUACAUAUUACGAAAACAAAUUUGUAAAUCAAAAAGAAAUUGACAUGGACUUAGUAGAUGUAAUAGAUUCUGCCAUAACAAUUGUUAAGGAAUUAGAGUUAAGUUGCAUGUGUGGCCUUGAACAGUUCUUCCAACAAAGUUAUAGUAUGUGGAGAACAUUAAGUACUAUUGCAGAAUCUGACAAAAAUGGAAGUUCGAGCUUUGAAAUUGAUGACAAAGAAGAAUUGCAGGUGUUUUCUACUCAAAUGAAAGUAUCAUUAAGUAAUUUAAUAUUUAAUUAUAUGGAAAAGUGUGGCAAUAAGCAUUUAUAUAAAGCUCUUGAUGAAAUCGGGACAGAUUUUGAUGAUAUGUCCAAUUUAGUGAAAGAAAAGUCAUUAUGGAAAGCAGUUUGUGAUCGAGCUUCAAACUAUAAGACUAGAUUAAAAGAAACAGAAAACUGU